AUGGCAGCGCCGUCGUCGAGACCGAGAGACGUAUACGUCACUGGCUUCGGCAAGUUUGGCGACAUUCUGGAGAACCCGACGACGGCAUUGGCGAAAAGGCUCGGCGAGCACCCGCGCGUGACUGAGACGCACGUCCUCGAAGUCUCUUGCGCCGGCUGCAACGAGACGCUGGCCGACAUUUACGCCAGAGCAGAGGAGCGUGGCCGCCCCUCUGUCUUCCUGCACUUUGGCGUAAGCGCCGCGGCACGCACUCUCUUGCUGGAGCAAGUGGGCUACAACGUGGCGGACUUCCGCAUCCCUGACGAGCGGGGCCACGUCGCCACGAACGAAGUGAUCCACGAGGGCGAGGCAGCUGACCUGACGACCACCGUGCGUCUUGACGAGCUGUUGGCGGUGCUGCAGAACGUGGACCCGCGGGUCGCUCUUUCCACGGACCCGGGGCGCUACGUCUGCAACUACGUCUACUACCGGUCGCUCGUGUGGGCCAACCGCCAGGCGAGCAAGAACCACGCGAACCCCCUCGUUCUAUUCGUGCACGUGCCAGCGCUCCAGCGCGUAUGCCUCGACGAUCAGCUCGCACUCGCUUCGACGAUCGUGGACUUUGUAGCGCACGCGGGAUAA